CCACCAACAGUGUGUCUUUUGCCUGCCGCAGAGACGCAGUUCAGAGCCCGCCACAGUGCGCUAUAGUGGAGCUACAAUCAGUUAGCUGCAGCGAGAGAGACUAGACAUGGACGCGAGGCUCCGGUCCAGUCUGUACGAAGAAGCCCACGGCUCCCCUCUCUACACCGCGCCCCGCAAGAACAUCAACCCGUCCACCAGCGGAGACCGCAUCCAGGAAGAAAUCUCCGAGGCGACGAAGUGGGUGAACCAGCAGCUGGGAGGCGCGGGAUACAGCGAGCAGCUCGUGACUGAUCUCGGAUUAGACAUGACUGACGGCAUUACUCUACUACAUCUGGUCCAGGCAUUGGCCAAGGAGGAUCUUCCCAAGCACUUCCCUAACCCCAUCAUG